AUGAAUAUAGCGCCACGAAUUCCUAAGCCAAAGCCAUGCGCAUUUUGUACCUUUAAAGCUUCGCCAUGGUCAACCUCCACCUCGCUACUUCGAUGGCAGGACGGCUCGAUACGCCAUCGACAUGGAGGCCGCGAGCGAAAGAGACACAAGAAGCUAGAAUCGGGCCUGCCUUCUGCUAGCCCAUGGGUCCCUCUUCAGAGGGUUGAACCCAAUACAAGAAGCCCUCUUGCCGACCAGGAGACUCGUAUCGAACCUGGAAUCCCCCGAAGGCCCCGAAGAGGCGAGCGUCGUCCCUCUGCCCCGAGCCAACUCCCGGCCUCAUCAGGUCAAUAUCACCCCGGCCUUUUUUCCGGGGGAAAAGGGAAAGAGUCUGCGUACGAGAUAUUGGGAAAUGUCGUCUAUGAGCAGGCUUUGAGGUUUAUGGACCGCGAAAAGAGAUUAGUAACUGCCAGAAUUGCAGAUGCGAGCGAGAGAGUGCAACAAGUCACCCUUGCAGCUCUACAGAGGAAACUCGCAGCCUUUAAGGAAGACAUUAGAGCUUCUGCUGCCAGAGCCUCCAGGCUCAGAAACGCUACAGUUGUAGAUAACCCCCUGUUCUUCCAUUUUCGACAAGCAUUCAUUAGUGGUCACAUCCCCGGACUGCUUGCCGAAAUCAAAUAUCGAUAUUUGCAAUCUGUACAUGGCAAAACUAGUCAUUCUUCCAAAGCAACGGCGGAAUUGCAAGCAGCGUUGGCGGAUCUCAGCCAUCCCCAGGAGUGGUACCCAGGAACAAGGGCUAUGCAGAGGACGGUACAUUUGCACAUUGGACCUACCAAUUCCGGGAAAACAUAUCACGCUUUAAAAAAGCUUGAAGCAGCGAAAACGGGUGUUUAUGCUGGGCCAUUGCGAUUAUUAGCCCACGAGGUGUAUACCAGGUUUAAUGCUAUGGGCAAGAAGUGUGCUUUGAUUACAGGCGAAGAACAGCGGGUACCCGAAGGCAUGAAGCACACCCUGAGCAGUUGCACAGUUGAAAUGGUCCCGCUUAACACUGAGGUGGACGUUGCCGUCAUCGACGAGAUCCAAAUGAUCGGGGACUUCUCCCGUGGAUGGGCUUGGACUCAAGCUUUCCUUGGUGUCCAGGCAAAGGAAGUCCACUUGUGCGGCGAAGAGCGAACGGAAGAGCUUAUAACGUCCUUGUGUCGAACCAUUGGGGACAAGCUUAUCAUACAUCGUUAUAAGCGACUUGGCCUCUUGGAUGUUGAACCCAAAAGUCUUCAGUCAGGAUUGAGCUUUACUUCAGCAUUGAGGAACCUUCAAAAGGGCGAUGCGGUGAUUCUUUUCUCUCGUGUGGCCAUCCAUGCAAUGAAGAAGUCCAUCGAAAAGGCUACGGGUAAACGAUGUGCUGUGGUUUACGGUUCGCUGCCACCUGAGACGCGAGCUCAACAAGCCGCCCUGUUCAACGAUCCUAACAAUGACUACGACUAUCUGGCUGCAAGCAACGCAGUUGGAAUGGGCUUGAAUCUGAGCAUCAAACGUAUCAUUUUUGAAGGGACAACGCGUUUCAAUGGAGUCGCUCAUACUCGUCUUGACACUUCUGAAAUCAAACAAAUCGCUGGUAGAGCCGGCAGAUUCAAAAGUUCUCACGAUGCCAUUGUAGGCGGGAAAGCCACCAUUGAUGGAGCCAACCCAGCUCUUCCGUCAAAGCCAGAGGCUCCUCCUACUGGGUUUGUCACAUCAUUCCACAAGCAUGAUCUAAACAUCCUCACCCAUGCAAUGAAAAAAACCGUUCCACAGAUCAAAACAGCUGGGAUUUUCCCGCCAGAUCACAUUACAGCCAAAUUUGCGUCUUUCUUCUCGCCCAAUACACCAUUCAGUUACGUCAUGCUUCGACUGAAGGAGUUGCUAAAAACCGAUUCACGCUUUCAUGCAUGCGAUGUGCGUGAAAUUAUCGACGUGCUUGAUGUCAUUCAGCCUUACAAAAUGACAGUCAAAGACCGUCUCACAUUCGUAAACGCCCCUGUUCAGUUACAGGAUCCCGGUGCCUUGAAUUUCGUUACCGAGCUAGCUUCGUGUAUCUCGAAUCAGAAUAGUGGAGAACUACUCGAUAUUAGAUCUUUGAACCUGGGGCUUCUCGAUCUAGAAGUCAGCUCAGACCCUAGCGCGGCCUUGACAUAUUUACGAAAUGCGGAAGUGCUCCACAAGAAUUUGACGCUAUACUUGUGGCUUAGUUAUCGGUUCCCGGCCAUCUUUAGGAGCCAAGCACUCGCAUUUCAUGUCAAAGGCCUCAUCGAGGAGAAAAUCGAUGUCUGCUUGUCGCAAGUUGGUGGUCAUAUCACUACCCGUGUUUCGUCAAAAAAGAUCAAAAGAAUGGACGAGCAGUUCGAGCGUGUGAAGCAGCUUGAAGAGUCUGGUAUUUUGGAAGAAUCAAAUGAGGAAGAUCAAUUGGAUUUGGUGGAUGCGCUCGAGAGUAUCGACGGCCUUGAAAUUGCGAGUGAAGAUUCCGCCGAGAUCUCGAACGGAUCGUGGGCUCAUAAUAAGCAGCUCAGAGACGAUAUUGGAGAUAUCAAGAGAGAAAGGAACCCUCUUCUAAUAGAUUCAGAUAAUAUGACUCCCGCCACUUCCAAGAUUGAAGCAGAGGCGUAG